AUGCAGACUGAAGUUGAAGCCAAACGUAAAUUACAAGAAUAUAUUCGUGAACAACAAAAAUAUUAUGUGAAUGCUCUUGUUGUUGUAACGGUUCAAGUCAUUGCUUCUAUUUGGCCCAACUCAGUUAGUUCUACAAAUUCUGGAAAUAACAAGCCUAUUGCUGAUCUGAAUACAUUUUUACACCAUAUUCUUAAAUAUUCUCGUACAACACAUUCCACUUUACAACUUGCUAUCUUUUAUCUCUUUCGAAUUCGAGCUCGUGCCCAAGAAAGAAAUAAUGAUGUCUAUGUUUCUUGUGGUAGAAGAAUGUUCUUGGCCGCUCUUAUUUCAGCUCAUAAAUAUUUACAGGAUAAGACAUACAAGAAUUCUGCUUGGAGUAAAGUGAGCGGUUUAAGUGUAGAAGAAAUUAAUCAUGCUGAAAAAGUGUUAUUGGAGCUUUUAGAUUAUCGUCUUUAUGUAAAGAAGGAAACUUAUGAUGAAUGGAUUACGAUACUUCAAUCUCAUCUUAAUUUAGGUCCAUUACUUCCUUCUGUUGCAUUGGAAACAACAACAACAACAACAACAAUGGCUUCCACGAUUCAACACACUACUUAUCAACAUAGAUUAAAUUCAAUUAGAAAAGCAGAACAAAGCUUACCAUCUCCUCCUUUAGAUGAAGAUAUUUCUAUACAUGAUCCCAUUCAAAAAAGAAAAAAUACGUGUUUGUAUGAACCUGAGGAUGACAGAAUCACUAAGAGACGUCGUUAA